ACAAAAUGGAAAAGCUCUGGAUUUGGUGUCAAGUAUAUUGCUGGGCAUAACGUCUUCUAUCCUUCCGACCAUCCCUCUCUCACACUCUAUGUUUAGUUUAGCUGCAGAUCUGGAUACAAAUGUGCAAUAAGGCAAAAUAUUUGUUCAUUGUAGUUACUUGCCCAUAUAUUUUUAAAAACCUUUGAUUCACUAUUGUCCAAAUUACAAUCAGUGAAUGGAUCCCGGACACAGUGUCUGUCAGUGAAGGCAAUUGCAGGAAUGGAUGAUGGUGAUUGGUGAUGUUGGGAUUGGGACAUUUGGUUUUAGCCCUAGCAUCUGAUAAAUCAGAUGAUUAGUCAGGUGAUUGAUGGAUCGGGUUCGGUGAAUUUCUGAAGCAUGUGAUUGACAGGCCUCAGACAAGAGACAAACCCAGCUUGACCUUGAACCUUUAUCAUUUCAUCUGAUAUGCAGAAAAAAUUGUCAUUUCAAAGGAGUUUAUUAUAAUGAGUGGGUUAUAGUGCCUGCUUAUGAUUCUAUGAAAUUCUUUCUAAAUAGACUAAAGAGUCUGUUCAUAACCUCAAAAAUAUAUUUGAUUUAAAGAAAAAAAAAUGUACCAAUUUUUUUUUAAAUCGCAGUAAAUUGCAAAAAUUUUACUCUUAUAGCUUAACACAGAACUAUCGGCAGAUACUUUACUCAAUGAGUUUAAAAAAAGGCCAAACAUAUCUAUCAAACACUUUUUAUUGUUUGUUUGAAAAUAUCAAAUUAUUUUCAGUUUAAUGUAAGCAUGAAUAAAGCUUACAAUCAUACAGCUUACAUAAUAAAAGGUAAAUGCUGGUACAUAUAUAUGUUUAAAUAUUGUUAAAGCUGUGAGAAAUAUUAUUUGUGCAUUAGAUGCCGUUAAUUUGUUUGAAAACCUUGAUAAACAAAAUUGAUCCUUAAUGAAAUUUUUAUAACUUCAGAUAAUUCAAAAUUUCUAAUUCUUUAAGUACAUUUUUAUUAUUGUUCAUUUCUAAGCUUAAAUAUAUGAAAUUUAUUCAAUGCCCCAGUAAUAAAGAAUGUCAAAUGAUCCAUUUAAAAAAAAAAAUUCAGAGACGUUUUAAGUUUCUAGUCACACAUAAAGGACUGCAUUCGAUAUAUACACAGUAUCCUAUACAUUACGAUAUUGAACAAAAUAUUAAAAUUCAAUUUUACACAAUCUGAGGUCAAAAAUCAUCCAAGUGUAGCAAUCCUAUAAAAACCAAUUUUAAUUAUUAUAAAUUAAUCUUAUAUUUUCGAAAUGUUUAAUAACCUGUUAUUUUGCGUUACUUACAAACAGAAAAAAAAUUAAGGGGGUUUAAAAAAUAAUAUUUUCUUUAAUUUUUCACUCCAAAGAACUGAUAACUCCAAGUCUGAACUCAGGCCUACAUUUUCGACCGCAUCGUUAAAUAGCACAUACAAUGAGUUUGAAAUCAAUACUAGGCCCACGACUCGCGUAAACAUAGUUCGACGAACUGAUUAACAUACAGAAAAUGGAAGGAUGGUACUGCCCUCUUAAAUUUAUAUAUAUCUAUGCGUUUGUCUCUUAGCAUUUAGUUUCAAACGAGAUAUGGUUUCUUAGCGGCGGAUAAUCUUAUCAUAUAUUUUCCCGCAAAAACGUCAAGUUUGACAGGUGAACAAAAUGAAGAUUAGUUAACAGGCGGUGAUGGGGAAACUGAAAUGUUUUGAGAUUCUGUGGACGGAGAAUAAGUCCGUGUUUUACCCGGGAGAGAGAGUGUCGGGUUUCGUUGUGCUGGACCUGAAGAGAGACGUGAAGCUGAGGUCCUUGAGAAUCUUUCUGAGAGGCGUGGCGAAAGUUCACUGGACCGAAUCCAGAAACACGGGCACCAGGCUGGGCUCCUACACAGAACAUUACAAUGCUGAGGUUGAGUACUUCUUCAAGCGACAAGUCUUGUUUGGUGGAGAAGUGACAGAUGGGAGAGACCAUGUUCUAGAGGCCGGUCACCAUGAAUUCAACUUUACUUUCGAUUUACCAAUGAGGUAUAUCUUUGAAUUCAACUUUACUUUCGAUUUACCAAUGAGUGGAAUCUCCACCUCCUUUGAAGGUAAACACGGCAGUAUUCGUUACUGGGUCAAGGCAGAGAUAGACAAGCCGUGGUCAUUCAACCAUAAAACCAAGAAAGCCUUUACUGUCAUCAGUCCCAUUGAUAUCAACCGCCCCGAGUACAUGAACUUUGUGGAGAGCAGUGUGGAGAAGACCUUGUGUUGCUGGUUCUGUACGUCAGGACCUGUGUCUAUAACAGCACGCACUGACAGACGGGGAUACUGCCCAGGGGAGUCUAUUCAAAUUUUUGCCGAGUUCAACAACCACUCCUCGCGCACCGUGACCCCUCAUGCCACCCUGUACCAAUCCCAGAUCUUUUUUGCUGGGAACAAAUCAAAGCUUCGGAGAACAAAGUUUUGCAUGAUAUCAGGAAGCCCUGUGGAGGCCAGAGGGACAUGUGUCUGGGACUCUCAGGAGAUUGAGAUCCCCGCUGUGUCCCCCACAAUCAGAAAUUGCUGCAUCCUCAAAGUCAAGUACUUCAUCGAGGUGUCUCUGCACAUCCCUGGCUCUCAGAACCUGGCCCUACAACUCCCCAUCGUGAUUGGAACCGUGCCUUACCGUCAGACCCGUCACUCAACUUCCUGUCUACAGACAGCAGACACACCCCUCAGUGACAUCCACCUGCUGCCAGCCCCUCCCCCCUACUCCGAGAGCACCAACCCCCCACCAUUUGGAGAUCCACCCACGUAUUGUGAGAGUGUGGAGGGAGCAGUCAGUAUCCUAGACGAUGACGACGACCCGACCCAGAUGGGCAGUGUGACCUUCACCCCGAUGUAUACAUUUGUCUACGAUUACCGCAGACCCCCUGCCUACUCAGAGAAUGAUCCUCAUCCAGUUCACUGAUUUUCUGGGAACCACUUAAUGUGCUGUAACAGUUGGGACGACUUACACUGAUUCUCUCGACAUACCUCUCUCUCUCUCUCUCUCUCUCUCUCUCUCUCUCUAUAAAUAUAUACACACACACACACACACACACACACACACACACACACACACACACACACACACAAUGAUCUGAAGUUAAUCCAUUUAUACACAAAACAAGAAUACCAGAUGUCUCAAACUAUAUGUACAAUGUAUUUGGAACAACUGUAGCAUGGUGUUAUAUGCAUUGUUGUACGUGUUCUCGAAUUAACCACGAGACUGUGUUCCUUGUCGUUUUAUUCAUGUAUAUUGCUUCCAAGCUUGCAUUACAUGUAAAAUAACAGAAAUGUAUCAUGUACCAUACUAUUUCAUGUGUUUUCAUUUCAUGCUCUAUAUAUAUGAAUAGAAUAUAUACCAUCGGGCAUGAAUUGGGAAAUUUUUAGCAAAUUUGCGCCAGCUCUGCAUCCACAAAACUUUUUUGUCUUAAAAAUUGAUUAACAAUAAAAAAAAUUAUUUUUUUUUAAAAGUGUCCAUAAAUAGAAUCUCAUUGAAAAAACCUGUUUAUAUAACCUCUGGCUCCACCGUCACCAAAGUUUUCAAAUCCCUCAACUCAUUCCUCAACUCAAAUUCUGUAAAGGAAAGUGCAUAAACUUGAGGUCAAACCUCAGAUUUGAGGCUGAAUUUUGACUUGAGGAAAAUUGGUGACGACAGCUUCACUCACAAUCAAUAUCUUUGAUUGACUGGCAGCAUUAUGUCUAUCUUAAAUUAUUUUUUUCAAAAACAGAGCAGUAUUUUUAAACAAAGAGCUUAAUACAAUUCCAUUGCCUGGAAACUUGUUAACAUGGAAACAAAUGAUGCAUAACAUACAUUCUUAGUGUCGCUGAUGAUUCGCAAAAAUUGAAAUUGUAAAAAUUAAUCUAUAGCUAGCUUUUUGACUCGGAUUUGCAAAAAUUAAUCA